AUAAUCUAUCCCGCCAACUUUCAUUUAAAACUUAUGCUUAAAAAAAGAAUAGCUCAUAAUAUAUACAUUUUUAUGCGCUUUUCAAACAUGUCAACUAUUGGCGCCAUUCAUAGCCGAUAGUGUUUGCUCUGGCAGCAACGAUAAUGCCAUCUCGAAUAAAUUAUCGAAAAACAAUCGGCAAAAGACAUGUCAAAUAAAAUAAGCGAAUAUUUUGCAAACGAUCCGCCCAGUUUUUUCGAUGAACUGGCAAAUAAAUCCAAGUCUAAGGACUUGCCAGCAGAGGGCAGCUCGACCAGCAGCACCACUAAUUCCGCUAACAACAUGAUGUCCAACACCUUCGCCGGAUUUUUCCAGCCACCUGAAUAUGUUGAGACACCUGAGGCAGGCGAUGAUUCCAUAAAGGUCAGCGACGAGGUGCGAAAUCUGUGGGAGUUGCCCCGGGAAAAUGAUACGGGAAAACUCAUAAUGCCCGGCAUUCACCUACAAAAUGAUUUGACAGAUCCUAUCAGCGUGGCUGUGACCAAUCACCUGGGAGAAGCGGAGUUGGCCAAUCGCAAAAUCCUCCGAGUCGAUGAUGUCACACAGGAUGAACGGGGCUUAAGGACUCUUAUCCACGCCGGUUGCUACCGAUCCGCUGUGAACCUAACUGGCCGCCUUCUUACCAUUUAUGGCCAGGGAUACGGAAGAUCCGGUCAGCCGGCCAAGCAUUCGCCGCACUCCCUGCAACUGUGGUUCACUCGCCUUGCGCUUCUUGCAAAGCUGGGCGAGUUCGAGCUCUUGAAUGCCGAGGCGGAUCCUUUUGGACAGCUCACCAGUCCAGACGUCUUCUACGACUUCUAUCCAGAAAUGUACAAUGGCAAGAGUGGAUCCAUAGCCUGCUUUUCCUUCCGCCUUUUGCUGGCAGAACUUCCCAUUUAUUCGGGAAAACCGCACAUUGCCUUGGACAGACUUUCAGAGCUUCAUGUAACCAGUCGGGAAAUCAAAGAGCACUAUAUUAAUCUGCGGAACAAGCCAGCCGAGGAGUUUUGGCAAAGGCGCUGCGAAAGAGUCCUGCACUCAAUUAUCAACUGUGGAUUGAUGAUGAAGAAGUUUAGUAUGAUCGACGAUAUAAUGGAGGGAACUCUUUUAAAGCGUUCUAACCUCAGCAAGGAAGAUCAACGGUCUUUGUACUCCGCUUGGGGACGCAUUUACCUACAAAUUGGUGAUAUAUUUGGAGCAGAGCAGAAGUUUGCCGUCUCAAGAAGAUUGAGGGAAAUAAACUGUUCGCCUGAUUUGAGGGACCUAGUUGACAAAGGACUAAUAGCUGUGGCCAAAAACGACUUCCCCGAAGCUUAUGUGAUAUUUCAAAAGGCUCUGCACUUGGAUUCCGGCAAUACAAUGAUUCUAAACAACAUGGGAGUGUGCCUUUUAUAUGCCGGAAAGCUAAAGGACGCUAUAAAUCUUUACGAACGAGCUAUCAAUCUGAACCCGCAGAAAUCUCUGAACGAGAGUUUGCUGGUCAACCUCUCUACUUUAUACGAAUUGGAAUCAAACAACUCCAAAGCGAAAAAGUUUAACCUUUUGCGGCUUAUUAACCGAUACAAACCAGAUCUCAACAUAAGCAUAGAAAUUUGUCUUAAACUGCAGACGAUAAAUUAAAAAUAAAAGAUGUUAAACAUUCCAAUUAAAA